AUGCAAAAUAUAAAAAAUGGAAAUUAGUAACAAGUUUAAUAACAAUAGGUAAAUAAGUAACAAAAAUAGUAAUAGUAGUAGUAAUAAUAGUAGCAGUAGCUAUAGCAGUUAUUGUAGAAAUAAUAGCUUAAAUAAUUGACUGAAAGUUCAUCAGAUGAGAAAGAGUCAUAAACUUCAUAAAAGUAGUAAUAAAACCAGAAGUUAUUGUCAUCUUAGAUGCAAUAAAAGAGAGCUAAGGAAAAGAAAAAACUAGCAGAAUAAGCAAGAAUACUUAAGGAAAUUGAAGAAGAAAAAGAGUAAUAAAAGAAGCUUGAAUUAGAAGCUGAGUUAUAAAAGUAAAACUAAUUGAAAUUGUAAUAGUAUUAGUAAGAACAAGAGAGACUUAAAUAAGAGUAACUCGAGCUUGAACUCUCUAGAUAAGCACUUAAAAAUAAAAUAUUGGAUGCUAAAAGUAUUAAUAAGAAAGGUGGCAGAAAAAUUAAGACUAAUUUGGCACCAUCUCUAACUAAAUAAUAGCCAAUUUAGAUGAGUGCAAAAGAAAAUGUACAAUAAUAAUAGUAAGCUAAAAAUUAAUCUAAUCAACCAAAAAGUAAUGAAAGUUAGCAAGAAAAAUCAUAGCCGAGCACUUCUUUUGCAUAAUAAAUAUUGAAGAAGUUGAAUUUUAAAAAGUAAAAAUAAGUUUUUGAAGAAGAUCAGUAUUUUGAUAAAAAGGAAGAAGAAAGACUCAAAUAAUUUAAAUAGAAUAAAGAGGAUGACGAUGAAGGAGAUUACAACUCAUAUUAACCGAACGAUCCUUUAGAAAAUGAACCACCUUACAUCCCUCCUGAUCCUUAAGCUGCAUCCGAUCAUCUUGAUCUAUGUGAAGGAAAUUAGAUCUUAAAGUAGAGAGAAAAGGAUAAAAUAUUUUAGAAUAGCUACAAAGCAAACUACCAAGAUUAUUUAGAUUAGAGACAUAUUUUAGAUAGUGAUGUUGAUGUGCCUGAAAUACCUGGCUUAAUUCCUCCUUCUUAUAAAACAUAUGCCUAAAAGAGAAGAGAGUUUUUACUAAAAGAAAACUCUACUUAAGAGAAAAAGGAACUUAAAAAAUAUUAAAAGAUAUUGUUAUGGGUCUCUAUUAUAGUAUUUAUAUUUACUCUAUGGUGGAAUAUGGGAGAUGAUGUUCCUGAAGUCCCUGUAACUCCGAUUGAACCUAUAGAAAAUGAUGAUUUUAUUAGUGAUAAUUUAAAUUUAUUUGAUUGA